GGGAUGACCAACUCUUUCGGCGUCUUUCAAGAAUACUACACCACCACUCACCCACCUACGAUCUCUUCCGGCGCAACUGCCAUCUCCUGGAUCGGCACCAUCCAAUUCUGGCUUUGUCCUUUACUAGGCUGCAUCUCCGGGCCCCUCUUUGACGCCGGCUACCUCAAGUCCCUCGUCGGUGUCGGGGGCGCCCUCUACGUCUUCUCACUCAUGAUGACCUCCCUCGCCAAGGAAUACUAUCAAUUCCUUCUCGCUCACGGGUUCGGCGUGGGUAUCGGUAUGGGCCUGAUCUUCAGCCCGAGCGUAUCGACGCUAUCGCAUCAUUUUGGGCGGAGUAGGUGGCGGACAUUGGCGUACGGGUGUCAGGCGACAGGGAGCAGUCUGGCGGGGAUCAUCGUGCCGGUACUGCUCAGGCAGCUGUUCCCGGCUGUUGGGUUUGCCUGGGCAAUGCGGAUAUUGGGAUUCAUUGUCCUUGUCAUCGUGACCUGCGCGUUCUUCUUCCUCUCGCGAGUGCAUCCUCCCCGGAAGGAGCUGGCUCUGUUGAGUCCGUCUGUCUUCCGUAACAAGGCAUACACUGUCUACGUCAUGGGAGCAGGACUAGGCUCACUUGCUAUCUUCUACGCGUAUGUCCUCGGCCCUCACAACAUUCGUCAGGUCUUGCGUCAAGUAGCAGCUGACACCAACAGUGUGGCUAUCGGGAACGGCUGCUCCAUUUUUGGUCGUAUCAUACCCCUCAUCAUCGCCCAAAAAGUCGGCACCAUCAACAUGUUCACCCUCUUCGCUCUGAUAAGCGGAACGAUGCUGUUCCUAUGGACGACAGCGAGGACUGUAGAGGGCUUCCUGAUAUACGAAGCCUUCUAUGGUGUCGCCAGCGGCGCAUACGCCGCAUCCCUCAAUCCGGGCGCAGCCUCCUUUGCCCCAGAGCCAAAUCAGUCCGGCCUAUACCUCGGGAUGUGUUUCUUCACGACCGCAUGGUUCUGGCUGCCUGGCACGCCUGCAACUGCCGCCUUGAUACAGGGCAAGACGGACUAUCUGCCCGCCUCGAUAUUCUGCGGAUGUGCGGUAUUGGGAGGAGGGAUGAUUUUGAUAGGGGCGAGAUUUAUGCGUGCGAAGCAACUGGGGAGUAAGUGGGUGUAG